CGGCCCCACACAACACUGGCCAUGCUGUUGUCGUUGCCAACAAUAGCGUUACUGGCAGGGACGCACCUGACACUAGUCGCGGCUCCGCCCGGGAUGGCUGCGCGAUGACAUCGUGGAAGAAGAAAAUUAAACUGCGCUUCGGGCGCCAUUCGGGUGAUGUAUCUCCGCCAACAACACUUAUCGAUGACUUGCCACCGCCAUUUGCGCGGUCAAUGUCGCUGCGCCAUCCAGGCUACGCGACCCGUGAUGGCGAUCUUCGGCCCGACUCGAUUUUGUUAUUCGACGAUCAGAGAAUACCGACAUUGCGACGGACGUGGUCAUUCAGACAGGCCGUGACACACAAGGGCCAACAGGCCGGUCCGACGUCGUCGCCUCAUCCGGGCUGUAACUCGUACCAGAAGCCAGUGAUCUUUCACGGCAACUAUACCGGUACGGGGACCGUGCCAGAAUGUCCUCCGUCGCCGACGAAACCGGCGUUUUUCAGCCGCUUAUUUCGCUUCUCGUUGCGCGACAAGCAGAAGAAGGGCGUACUUCCGCCGAGUGUCGCGCAUGUCGAUGUGAUCCGGACAGGCGACCCUGAACGGCACGAAUGUAAUAGCCGCGACGGUGGCCAUAGCCAUGGGAACAGCCGAUUUAGCGGUUGUGGAGGGGCCCAUGAUGACACAAAUGGGCCUGGUGGCAGCGCCGGCGGCGGUGGAUUCUCCGCCGCUGAACAGCAGUUGUCCCAGUGGCCGUCUGUGCAAUCUGACAUCGUCGCGAUGAACGACGGAGUUUCGACGGGCUUCAUUUCGCAGUGGGCUUCCGUGCCAACUGAUAUGACAUCGGCGGCGCCUGCUGUUGUCAAGGGUCAACCUCAACAUCUUCCUGCCUCGCCGGAGUGGUCUUCGGUAGACAACGAGAUCGAUGACGAAGAUGACAAGGAUGUUGUGGUCAUACGCCGAUGCACAACUUUACCUAGCUUCCGGAUACGCAGCCGCUCCGAUAUCAGCUGUCCAUCAUCGCGCGCAGGGCUGGAGCAAGACUCGCUCGAAUCGAAUUCAAGCUUGCCAUUAUUUUUGAAGGAGGGUCACAUUGGCCAUAAUCACCACCAGCAUUCCAUGUCGGGACUACAGCAAGUUGAUCAACAUGCUGCUAGGCAGAAGCAGAGCAAACGGAAAUCCCGCGAAGUUCUGCAGGACGAGUUUAAGUACGUUCUCCUUAAUGGAACGUACCCUCCACUGAAACCUCAAAUAGAUGAAAUGAAACCACGAAAACCGCAUGGACUUAUUGUGGAUAAUCCAUCAAAUGCGCCAGUUCAACUCAUUGAAAGUCCAUGCUCAGACGACUCAGCUGUUGGCGAUCUCUCACCAGUCAACCAUUUAUUGAACGCUCCAGAGGCUUCAAAUGACAAAUUCACGGUCGAUUCGACGAUCUUCGAAACCAUCGGGAUUAAGGCCGGCACUAGCGGCACGCCGAAUAACGCAAAUAACAGCAGUGGUGCCAUUAACAGUAAUAGUAUUUGUUCCAACGUAAAACCUGCGGCGCUGCGAAAACUGAUCGGACCCACAAUCGAGCUAGAAGAUCCAAAGACGACAAGGCGACGCUUUGAGUCUCGACUGCCAAAUAGCUGCAGGCCUGCUUCCGUUUCACCAGUAAGGGAUCCCGCGGUAAUUCGUCGCGUGAAGAAAAAUACUGUUGCCAGGCCAGUUUCGUAUACUCCAGGGCUAGCCUUCAUGCAGAGGGCCUCUACAGAUCUGACGAGACCGCUUUUAUAUUCGUCCACCGCCGAGCGUGCCUCCAGUGCGGAGGCAUUGGUUGGAGAUCAUUCCAAAAUGGAUCUUGCGGCCGAAAAAAAUACACAAGCCCGCCAGAAACGAUCUGAGCCUACCAGAAAAUUUGGCUCAAUGCAGGAUGUUCAUUCGCGACCGAUAACCCCAUCUGCGGGAAAGCCGAAUUCACAGACUGGAAUAUUUGCUUGUAGCGAGAGCAGAGCAGUAGAAUCGACAAACGAAUGGCGGAACCGUAUAACGAACUCUGCAAAUCUGAGUGAGCAGUGCGCCGAUGAACGCACAAUCUCUAGACAGUCAAGCCUCUCCGACGAAGUUGACUCAGGAACCUUCAUUCGGAAGAAACCCGUUCCAUUGCAAAGGAGCGAGACGUUCACAAAGGAGGACUCCACGGCGCCCGUCGAGGAACUGCCUGUGGUUGAUUCCUCAGUUAGUGGAAAUAGCGAUGUCAGUGGCAAGGUGAAAGAUCUGCAACGUGAUCAGCCCGUAAGAAAGUCACUACGAAGGGAGCUCAGAAAACCGAGUGAAGUUGCCAAAGUUAAGGAGCUUAAUAAUAUCACUACUAUUAAUCCUAAUAAUAACAUUAACAGCAGCAGCAGUGGCAAAGAUAUCAUUAAGGAUGAAGGAGCUCAAUGUGGUUCGAGUGCGGGCCGUAACAGCUCAUCGGCGAUCACCAAAUAUACAAGGAAGUCGAAGACUAAACAGAUUUUUUCACCAGUGAAGUUGGAUCCUCCAAGUCCAACAGGUCCUUUAAUCUCAAAAAAUGUUAUAGCCUGCAAGGAGUCGCCGCACAAAUCAUCGAAACUACCAAUGCCCGGCAGCUUCGUCAGGGGUACAACUCAAAACUCAUCACGCCGUCAAAUAACCCUUCCAAUCGAACGGCAGACAAGUAUUGAGUCGACAGGUCGUUCUGCAGGGUCAAUCGCUGGGUCGCCCGAAACGCCCGAGGACGGCCCUCCUAAAGUGUCAAAUUCGAGCUCAACAAAGGAGCUGAUUAGUCCAAGUACACCGAAAGGUAGUCGGUCGCGUAUUGCGGCACCCUCGAAGAUUGCCCGAGCGGGACGCUCGAAAAACAGUGGUCUUCGCUUGAUUGCGAAGUCUCCUGCAGUUGAAUCGGUCGGCCAGCAAUCGCCGUCGGUCAUAGAAGACGCUAGUGAGUUCAAUCGAACGUUUGAUAUCAUCGCGACUUCCCAGCCGCCCUAUCUUGUCGAGAGUGUUUCCCGAGUCGCCGAAGAAGCCCGACAGCAGAUACGAUCCGCAAUGAACGGUGUAGCUAACCCACCGUCGGUUUCGCCUUCUAAGGAUACACUGAAAAGCACUAAAACGACGACAAUCACCAUAACAGCAACGACUAGCACAGCAACGGUGACUAACGUAGCGGAUUGUACCCCUCCCAACACAAACUGCCCAACAAGUGAGAGCUCACCUUGCGACGUCAAUGGCCUCGACGACAGAAAUGUCCCGAAAGCAGUUCGAGCGACAGAAAAUACAACGUCUACGCCGAUCACAGCCACUAGCCAGUCCCAAAAUGGUCUGUCCGUCACUGGCGAUGCCAGAAUAAGUCCGGCUAAGUCGGAAUUUGAAAAUGAAAUCCUUCGUCUCGGCGAAACGUGUGAAGCUCGAAGCGUCGAGUUAACCGUAAUACGCAGCGAACUCCGACGAUCGUCCGUAGCAUUUAGUGCAAUGGCUCUUGCAGCUCAAUAUUGGAGCGAGAGGUUAAAGCGCACGGAAGGCUAUUCCCAGCAACUCAAAGGCCAACUGCAAAUGGCGGAAAAGGUCAUCCUCAAGGCUCACAAUGAUAUCGAAAAUUUAAAAAAGGAACUUCGGGACGAAGUAUGUGCGCGUAGACGGGACGUGGAGGAUUUUGAACAAACCAGAGAUCAUAAAUUAGCUGACUUGGAGCAAAAACAUGCCGCAGCUGUGGCUCUUCUCGAAAAAGAUUUUGGGCGCCGAUUAGAAGAGGCUCUUGAAAAGGAGCGGCAAAAAGCGGAGUCUGCCAAUGAUGAGGUCGUUUCUAAACGGCAGUUAGAAGAGCUCAAGAUUGAACAUGCCCGGGCCCUGGAGCGCCUUAAAGCUUGUCGAGCAGAGGAGAUCAAUGCUCUGACUGACGCCCAACAGGAUUUAGAGCGCCGCCUGGUAGAAAAGACCAGCCAGUGCCGCCGAGUCGAGGAGGAGGCCGUGGCGCUCAAGGACAAACUCCUGCAAUCCGCAGAUUCACAGGCGCAGUGGCUCACCAAGAAGGUGGCCUCACUCGAAAAGGAGGUCGAGUCACUUAAUGCCGUCCUAGAACUAAAGACUGCCGAAACACGCGAACUUAUGCUGGACAGGCGUGAGAAUCAGGAGCGUAAGGAAAAGAUGGUUACUAUGCAAGAGGUUAUCGAUAAGCACCGGGCACGCAUCGAAGACCUGACGGCUCAACUGGACCGUAAGACCGCAGUACAGCAACAGCUUACAGCUGAAAAUGUGAAACUUCACGAGCUAUCUGCGAAAAAGGAUCGGAUCAUUACGCAGCUCGAUCAUGAUUUCGAAGCACUCAAAUAUCGCGCAAGGGACUCGAAUAGUUUUAUCGUCGACGUAGCUACCCCAACGCACCGUCCGUUGCAAGAGUCGAGGAGCGUUGGCGCAGCAGCUACGACGCCAGAGGCCGAUGGAGUCAUGAGCCGUUCAUGGCACGUGCCCUUUGGCGAUGCACGAAGCGCCCGUCGAAUAAACCGUCGAACAAGCCGGAAAAGCUCUAGCUCCGAGUCGAAGGUCUCCGAUGAAGAUUCACGAGUACCAACUGCUUUGGACGAGGUCUUCUCACAUGAGGAGCAGGUCGUCCUCGGAGAAACCGUAGGAUCUGGCCAAGUCGCCGUAUCACGAGCUUAAGGUUUGCAUACAAUCAUUAAGGAUAAUUUAGCCUGGCCUUCUUCGCUCUCGAAUCUGAAAUUUCUGGUCCCGAUUGGCGUUUUCAGCAUAUGAUAAAUCGAAGCUGGCGAUAAAUGUCCUUUAUCUUGGUCAAGAAAAAAUGUAACAGACUGAGACUUUUAUCGUUAUUACCCAUUAAAGAGAAUGCCGAAAAAAAUUCAAGGCAACAUUUUACGUUUGAAUGAAGACCUAUUUAUGUCCUUUUUUCUUGUGUAAAUCAUCUUCUUUGCUGUACAUACGUUUGAUGGCUUAUGGCUAUACCAACAAAAUAAAAACUGAAAAAACAACGGGAGAGGUGACGCAUGACAAAACAAUAAUUACCGACUUCGUAGAGGGGCGGGGCGUGGGGAGGGGGUAGUAUGUGGAUUCGCAGUGGUAGCGUGGAAAGGCGUUGCACAGCGCUUGACAGUGAUGAAGAGGCGAAGACCUUUCUCAGGUCAUGUAGACACAUAAGAAUUGGAUAGAGCAACGGAAGCUCGACAACUCGGGACGGAGUGAGUGACCGAUUUCUUAAUAUCUUUGAUAGAUGAUAAAUACAGAUGAUAAGAGAUCGUAUAUGAUAAAUAGGAAUCUGAUGGUGAGCUGGCUAUACGCACAAAAUGUCUUGCUACGAUAAGUACUCGCUGUCUGCGAACCGUUCUCAAAACAGAAGAUAGCCAAAAUGCUGCCUGCGACGCGCCGCGUGGUUAAAGCACUGUAGAUAUAUUAGUAUUACAGCAAGUUCAAGUGUGUGGACAUAGGUCCUAAGUUGUAGUGGAACAGAACAACAAUUGUUAGUUACCACCAGGAAGGCGGUUGAUUUCUCGGCAGUCUCAUGACCUUCGCGUGAACGGAAUAAUAACAUUUCAGUCACGUUAUGUACGUCGUAGCAUUGGCACUGGAACUGAGGCAUGCGUUUAGCUGUAUAGUUAGCGGACAGAUAGAUAAAGACAGGGAAAUCCGAAAAGCAAUAAAAGCUGAACGGGCUCUAGCUUGUUAUGGCAGUAACGCUAACGCGACACAAUGACAUACUGAUGGUGAUGACGAUAAAACAGCCUGUAUAACACGCUUUUACCUAAAACUAUAUAUAUAUAUAUAUAUAUAUAUAUAUAUAUAUAUACAGGUGUGGCCUGAAUAUUGUGUACAGCAGUGAUUCAUAUAUUGAAGAUGUACGGCUGUGCUGCUUGGCGAGUCGGAUCUGAGUCUCUGCUGCACCGGCGUCGCCGUUUAAGUAGACUGCUUUUAAACGUAUAUAAUAUGGACCACUUAGAACGAUCAGCGCAGCACGUCUUUCUUACAAUCGGUCAUUGAGCAGCGUCCCUUUUACGACCGUUGUCGAUGAGAUUUGGAUGGAACUAAGUAGGGGGACGGAUUGGUGCGAGAACCGUCUAUUUGUCAAUGAGGUCAAGAGCUGAACGGUCAGCGCGUUGAUGAGAACCGCCUUACCCAGUCUACCACAACCAUAAUACGGUAAAAUAAGACGAGGCCUGAGCGUGACCGCCCUAAAGGUAAUGAAAAACGAAACAAUGAUGGAAAAGCAAACGUAAAUAAUAGUAGAUGUACUGUCCAGUUUAAGUACCGUAAUUGUCAAAGAACAAGAAGCAAAAAAAAAUCUAUAAUAAACCGUUAAUAAUCACCUCAAAAACUGGACGGUGAUUGUGAUAUGAGCGAAACAGAAUUGCGCGACCCCUUAUUUUCUAAUUGCUCUAUCCGUUUAGGAAACCAUAUUGAUCGAAAACAUCCUAUGAUUGUUUAUUAUACAAUGAGACAUAGAUGAGUACAAUUAAAACAUAACUAUACGUGAAUGUAUUAUAUAUACGUACAUAUAUCAUUAAUAAAAGGAAGCUCCGCUGGAGAUAGCUGCCAA